AUGACUGGCACAGUGGUACCAAAGAAUGAUCCAGCAGACAGAGCCGUGGAAGACAAGGCCCUGCAGGAGCUUCAGAGCAUCGGCGAGGUCCUGCAGACCAUUCGCUCUCAGGUGGAGCAACAGAAAGAGAGCAAGAGCUCCCAAGACUGGCUCCAGGUGGCAUUCGUCAUAGACCGUCUGCUGUUUGGCAUCUACAUCUUUUCUUUAUCAGUCAGCUUCAUCACCAUCAUCAUCAUCUGGUUUUUGGGUGGAGCAGUGACUGUUGACACCGCCAAACUGGUUUGUAAAGAAGGCAACAGUGGACCAACUUAUGAGUCCCUGCAGGCUGUUUUUGACCUUCAACCCUUCAGACCAGCAGAAAACUUAACCAACCCCACCAUCACCAACAUCUCCUUCACGCUGUACGCCGUCCUGGGUGUGUACUGGCACAAUGAGUUCCUGGUUUGGGAUCCUGAGGAGUGUGACGGUGUCACCAAGAUUUCUCUCCCCGUGAAGGAACUGUGGUCUCCGGAUAUCAUCGUUUAUGAGUUUGAUUCUUCUUACCUGUCUGAUUCCAUCCCCUCCAGUGUGGAUGACGAUGUUUCCCAGGCGUGUCCUUACGUCUACGUGAACCACACGGGUCACAUCCGCUGGGACAGGAUGCUGCGCCUCGUCUCGGCCUGCAACCUGGAAAUCUUCAGUUUUCCCUUUGAUGUGCAGAACUGCACUUUUACGUUUGGCUCUUACAUGCAUACUAUACGUGAUGUGAGGGUCAGCCCGGCCUUGACCUUUAAGGAGAUGUCUGCAAACUCCAAGCGUUACCUGGAGGCCAGUGGAGAGUGGGAGCUGAUGGAUAUUCUUGGAGAGACUUCCAUUCUGCAGUUUGGGAUAGACGAGUGGGACAUCAUCACUUUCUGGUCUGCAACAGUUUUCCUCUCUUUUCCUCACCAGGUGGUCAUAAGGCGGCGCCCAGUGCUCUACGUGGUCAACCUGCUGAUCCCGAGCUCCUUCCUGAUGCUCAUCGACAUCCUGUCCUUCUACCUGCCCCCCCACAGCGUCGACCGUGCCUCCUUCAAAAUGACCCUCAUCCUGGGUUACACCGUGUUUUUGCUCAUCAUGAACGACCUGCUUCCAAGCACAGCAAACGGCACCCCCCUCAUAGGUAUCUACUUCUCAGUCUGCCUGGCUCUCAUGGUCAUCAGUCUGCUGGAGACGGUCAUCAUCACCAACGUGCUCCACCACAGCUCCAUGAAGUACCAAGAGAUUCCAAAAUGGGUCAAAGUGAUCAUCCUCAAACACAUAGCUAACAUGAUCUGCUACCGAUGGCCUAAAGAUGUGCUGCCGCCGCAUAAACGCCCGGAGGUUAAACCUGAAAGCUCCAACGGCAGCUCAGGUCCGUGGGUCAUCCAACCGGCCAAUCAGGCUCAUGACAGGCAUGUGACCAGCAACGGAGGUGAGCGCAUGUUUUUUUUUACAACUAAUAAACUUGAUUCAUCUCACAGUCCGGCCUCUCUGCCCGAGCUGCAGCAGAUCUGUCAGUACCUGAAGGACCUGCGCUCCCACCUCACCUCCCUGAAGAAGGAGAGUGAGCUGCAGGAGCAGUGGUGUCACGUGGGAUACGUUCUGGACUUUCUGCUCUUUCGGAUCUACCUGCUGCUUAUUUCUUGCUAUGCUUUGGUCAUCAUCACCAUGUGGUGCAUCUGGAUCAGCCAGUCUUAACAAAGAUCCUUAAAUGUACUGUAGAUGAUGGUUAUGAAACUGUUACUCUUGUGUUUUGAUGUGAUUUAGAAUUGUAAUUUGCUUUUAGAUGACCUUUGACGACCUUGAUGAUGGAAAAAGCAAAAGUAAUAUUUGCUAAAGGCGUACAGUUUUUUAAGAAAGUAUUACCAAUGAUGUUCUAUUAUAUCAGAUCUUUGUAGAAUGCAUUCUAUGUACUGUAGUCCUAUAGGUUUUACACAUACUAAAAAAUGUAACCAUAAAUAUAAAGCAUUUAGUAAAUCGAAC